AUGGACAGACGAGACUCAAAUAACUGGAGGCGUCCGUCUAUCCCGCGCAGCAUCUCAGCCAUCGAUGGAGCCACGAGUCGACUUCCGUCUUCGAUCACGUCGUACACGCCUGGGCACACUCCACCUCUGAGGACAGCCCAAUCCAGCCGGGAUCUCACCUACCCAUUGACAAGUACGCCGCCGAUAACAGCUGGUGGCAUCGAUCCACCGCGGGCAGCCCGGGAAGGGUACGAAUGGGUAUGGUUCCCCCAGGGCUACUGGGCUGAAAGAGAGCGCGUCGAGUACCCCGGCACUCCCUCUGGCGGAAAGGGGUUCAGGUGGCGGAAGAAAUCAGGCCGAGGCGGCAGCUCGAGCCAUACCGACAACAGCACCGGCACGGCCGCGAUUCGCUUCAGUCCCAAGGGCCAGCAUCACAGUCCCAAGGCACAGCUUGGGCAAGCCGAGUCCUUGGCUGGCAAGGCACCGCUGCCCAGCCCCUACUUGACCGAGGCGGACCAUGUGCUAUCCUUGCAGCGGCCGGGCGUGGGACGCAAGCACACAAGUGAAGAGAGCAUGGCAAGCAGUACCAGGUCCAUUCUGCCCGGCAGGUCUACGACGACAGCGGCUCACAUAGUCUCGAACAGUCCAUUGUCUCUCCCUCUCGAGUCUGCAUAUACCAGUCACUCGAACGAGACAACCACUCCUAGCACUGCGGAAAUGGACUUUAACACCAUGACUCCUACUGACUUUUCUGCAUAUGCCGACCUGCGAGUAAAAACUGUCAAGCCUAAGCGAUCAUUCAUGGCACUUUGCCCCAGAUCUAAGCUCCACGAUAGCAUCAGAGUCGAGAAGCUCGCUCAAGAUACCUUUGGGGAUCCGUCAACUUCGCCGACGGGUGAUAUGCCCGCGGCCACUGUUGCUCGGAUAGCGCACAUACUUCGCGAGGGCACGAGGAGCCCGCCGAACGGGGGAAAGUCCCGCGCGCGCAAGCUGUUCGGACGCAGCCCCUGGCACCGCAAGACCUCGGGCGAGUCCAGCUACAGCGUGUCCAGCUCGAUCCGCGAGAUCCUCCGCGGCAACACCCCUCAUAGCUCGCCGGCCGGGGAGGCCGACGCAUAUACGUGGAGUGAGGCCAGCCCAGCUGCGGCAGCACAACACCCGCAGGUUCUUGCCGCGCACUCAGAUUUGCCCGACCCUCGCAAGGCCUAUGACCUAUCUCCGGACGUGUCACAAGAUCGGCCAGCAACUGCCACACCACACCCGCCGCCCUUCAAAAACAGCAGGCCGAAUUCCAACAAUGCACCUGACCCCCUGGCCAUGCGUGAGAGCAGAGAGUGGUGGGAGGUGCCGCUCGCCAUCCCGCGUUGGGAGGACAUGGGCCCCAAGUCCUUCGAGUUCGACAUGCCCGAGCACCUGCCCAACAGCCCCAUGUGCCCGGCCAACAAGAAACACAAGAGCGGGGGCACGGGCGUCUGUGUAUAUCAUGGCCGGAGGAAGAGGAGCGACGUGGCACUGGCGCAGGACGACGGGCUCCUGGUUCAAGGGGCGGGUCCUGGUGUGCAGGGCCAAGGGUACAGGAAACUGGAAGGUCUCUUGGGCAAGGUCGAGUUGAGAGAUUGGGAAAGUAUGGAGGGAAACCUCUGA